UACGACCUAUGCGGAACAAGGAGCCCAUACAACACACAGGAUAACGCCCACAGUGUUGCCAGAUUGUUUAAUCGCACUGCUAUAGAAACGUGACUUUGUGAGUUGAAGAGUUAUAGUGAGCAUUUACAAUGACUUGUGGGCGUUCGGACCCGUUAUUCUGUUGGAAACAGUCAACCUGAUCUGGCAAACCUGACGCCCACUAACUAAAGGAACACAACGUUGUGCUUGUGGUCGCGCGCCCUUUACAUUAGUGCGGAGAACUCCAGGGUUUCCUGUCGGCAAAAUGGAGACCAUGCCAGCUGACGACCUGUUCAGUACCGAGUAUCGGCUUCUGAAGAUUUAUCAUAAAAAAAGAACGUCAAGAUUAAGCCCAAAACCCAUACGCACACUCGUCCUAAACAAAUAUCUACAACUACCUACAGGAAUACGGACUGCUGCAGCUGCAAACACUGAUGCAUUCGUUCAAGUGGCUGAUCAGCUGACUCAUAUUGUAGACAGUGUAUCUCCUGCUCAGGAUCAAGUAGUAACAGAGAGUGACAUCAUCCAGCGACUUGUAGAGUUAAUGAAAGAAUAUGGGGACAAAGUAAAUGAAAAGAUUGAGAAGGACCAGGAACUUUUAAGAUAUCUCCAAGGUUUUUUCUCCUACACCCUGUUUGAGGAACUGGCCUCAGCCUUCAUUAGCAGUGUGGUGCCCUCAGGCAAACAGAUGAAAGAGGACAAUGAUCAGAAAAUAAAGAUUGCUUGGACCUUUGAGAUGACCAGCAGGCUGAGUGCCUUGGACCUGCAGCCUAUGAACAGAGUAAUGGGAUUCGGGGCCCAAUAUGUGCACCAGCAUUUUGCACCAUGGAUUCAGCAACAUGGUGGCUGGGAGAAUGCUUUUAAAAUUGAUGAAGGUGAUGAGGUGCAGUGAUGUCACUGGCUGCUUUUCCCAACAGAGACGUGUCAUGUUGUCCUCAACUGCCUCCUGAAUAAACAACUUUGCGAUGCUCAAA